AUGCCCAAGCUAUCAUAUUUGAUACGAAAAUGCAAAGGCAAGGAUGGAGAUAAAAUCAGCGGGCACGAGGAAUUGGACAUAUUCAGCAUCCUGAACGAAGAUAGCUGUUAUUCAUCGGACCAGGUGGACACAGAUGAUAGUCACGUGAAAGAGGCAGGGGAGGAUGCCAUUUUGUCGGAGACGCAAAAAAAUAAAAACCGGCAGGGGAGUAACUCCAGUGAGACCAAUGGGAGCAGUACUAACAAAUUAUCACGCAAUCCUGGCGGCAACUCAAAGGAGGGGUGUAAAAGUGGAAAGCACGACACGUCGAAGGAAGAAGUAAGUAAAAUCUCGGGGGAGCAAAAUCUGGGCAAUAUUAUUCUCUCCAAAAGGGCACACAUAUUCCACAGCCUCAAAAUAUUAUCGCCCAGUGGGGAAGACAAAGGUGAAAAUGGGGACGGAGAGGCGGACGCCAAGGGUAAAAGCGACGCAACGAUUCAACUGAGAGAAGGGAUUCAAGACAAUGAUGGUAAUCGCCCCCCAGAAGAAUGUGCAAAACAAAAUAACAAACUCAGCAACCCCCUGAAGAACACAUACAAACAUUUCACGCUGUAUGAAAAUAAACCUCUACAACAACAUCCAUACGUGUCGGAAUUGUACAACGACAUUUUGGAAAGCAUUAACCAUUUGAACAAUUUAAAUGUGAGAGAGGCGUACCAUCACUUGAGAGAUGUGUAUGUGAAAAAGUACGCCACAGAGGGAGAAUUGAAAAAAAAAAAAUUUUUCGAAAAUCUUUUUGUUAGCGAAAUAUUAUAUAGAUACAAAAUGAUGAACAAAAUUGAACUCAUAUUUAAUUUGAACGUUAAAGACACAUGGGAUGAUUGUUUAAAUUUUUCUGUCAUUUCGAAAAAGGUUUACAAAAAUUUUAUUUUUGAUUAUCUCAUUGAUCUCGUGGACGUGAAUGGGAUGUUGUGUUUUUCCAAAUACACCAACUGGCCAAGUGGAAUCAGUGACGACAUUUCAUCUCCCCUCAUGGUGCAGACCUCCGAGGAGUUUUUGAGCGACGCGGAAGGAGCCAAAGACGCCAGACACGCGGCGCGGGCGGGGAGGUCCCUCGAGAAAUGCCCUGCGAAUACCCUAUCAGGGGGAAGCGACGGAGAAGACGAAGAAGAAGAAGAAGAAGAAGAAGAAAAAUACACCCGCUGCGAAAAAAGCUUCUCCAACAGCCGCGACAACCGCCAUGAGAGCCGUCGCGCUAGGCGCGCGCGCAAGCGGAAGAGCAAAAGAAAAAAAGCACCGGCCAAGUGCAUAGAGAACAAGUACAUCGAUUACGGACACUUCCAUCUGGCCUAUGAUGACGACGACGAUAACGCAGUCUUCUAUUACGUCACGAGAAAGGAGUUUAACUCUUUCAAGCGGAUAUAUUCUAGGAAACUGGGCGUGGGGCUUCUGAGGGAGGAGGGGCAGGAGGAGAAGCAUGAUGAAGAAGACCAGGGGAGGACUCCCAGUGGGGAGGAGACAAGCUCGGACCAGUUCCAGACAGCUGAAGAGAGUGAGGAGGAUAGUGGAAAGGAGAGCGACUCAAGGAGCGAACCGUCGAGCCAAGCGAGGCGCAGAGCAAAGCGGCAAUCUGCAAGCAAAGAGAAAAUGAAUAAGGCUUCGCAUGAACGUAUGAGGAAACGUGAGGACUUUAACGUGGAGUCCACGCAUAGCAGGAUUGAAGAAAGAGAAAGAAGUGACCUGAACACGUUCAUAUAUUUUUACGUGAAUUUGCUGAUACCCUCCAAUUUUGUGUACGUCAUUGCCACCAUGAUUGAGAGUAACCUGUUCAAAUCGUGGAUUCCCUUCUACUCCUUCCCCUUCAAAUUUGGAAUAAGCGACUGCAAAACUUUGAAGCAACGAGGAAUGCUAGACAAAAUUGUUUACACAAAAAUUGCCAUGCCGUGGUUAAUCAAGGACAGGUUCUUACUGGUUGACGUAUGGAUAUGCGAAGACUUCAAAUUUUCGAAAGGCCUCUUUUUAUAUGCCUCCAAUUUUGCCAAGAAUUCUGAAAAUAUGACGAACCUCGUUGUGGACACGGACAACUGCAUGGAAAUUGAUAUGGCGAUCCACGCGUUUAUUGCCCCUAGAACUUUCGACGAGACCGUCGUGAAGUGCUACAUCGAAAUAUCACCCAACAUGAAUGUGAACGAGUUUUUUAUUUCGUUCUUAACAAAGGUUUUCAUCAAGAGCUGUAUAUCGCACUUCGUCAACGCGUGUAAAAGUUUCCAGUUCAACGACGUGUACAACAAUGAGAUGCGCAAGAGCCGCUUAUUUUACGAUCGCUUGCGGAAGGCAGCAGAGGAGUGUAAAAUAUAUAACACAUGA